AUUUCACCAGAAGAAGAAUGUCGGCUGUCAAACGUUUGCUAACUGGCUAAAGCUAACACUGAUGUAACGCUAACAUUACAAUAAACGUUAAAAGGUACUUACUUGAGGCAGUAAUGGAGCUGGUUUGGGAGGACCCUCCAGUCCCUGAUGCUCCAUUCUUUACCAGAGAUGUCUAUGACAAAUAUUCAAUUGCACCUAAUGUUAGAGAACUGUGGGCAUUUCUCCAAAGUCCUGAAGACUCUGCCAACACAGAACAGGACAGCGGUGUUGUGGCUGCAAACCCCAACAGCAUUUCCUCUGAAGACAAAAAUGCAGCAUUUGAGGCCAGAAGUUGCAUCAGCAAAGAAGAGUCCUGUUGGGAAAAUUGUGAUAGUGAUGAUCCCUGUGUAGACAAAGGCACUGAAGACUGUACAGAUGCCAAAAGAUCAAAACAGACACUCAUGUGUGAAGGAAACACUGAUUUUCCAGAACCCAGAAUACCCUACCCAUGUUUAUCUAGUCUGUCUGAAAAUCAGCAGAAAACCUAUCUUGGCUUUCUGAUGAGUAAGAAAACCAUGGAUUGUGCGCAGAUCCUACAGUCACGUGUAAAUCAGGAAGUAAAGGAUUUCAUGAUGUACCUGCAAGACGUGUCCUUGAUUUGUGCAGAAGAUUACAACUUCAUCUCACAAGGACCUCUGCAAUAUUCAGAGGAUUUCAUGAGGAGCAGUUUGGAAUGCAUCAAGACACUACCCCAAGUCUAUAAGUUAAAUGAGAUGACCAGCUUAACAGGAGGAUCAUUCAAUCCAGGGCUCGCAUUGACCUUUGAAAAACAGCUGCUAACCAUGGGCUCUGUGGAUGUUACAGACCAUAAGAUUGUGCCUGCUGAUGCACAGCUUGCAUCGGAUUAUCAGAGUGUUUCAUCAGCGAUACCUCCAGCUAAAAAAGCUAAGGACAUGCACGCUACAAUCAGCAAUGACAGUAAUGCGGAGAGGUUGUGUAUGCAUUAUGAGCCUCAUGUCUGUCUGACUCGAGAUGCCUUGGUCAGGUUGUUAGAUAACCAUGGUCCUGAAUUUAGAGACCAAUGGGAACUUCCUGUUGUGGUCAAAUUACACCCUGGAAAAGGCAAAGGUCAGCAGAAGGCAGUGUAUAUAGACUCACCCCUACUGAAGACUGAAGUGACAGUGAGAGAGAGGAGUCAUUUCUACCAUGAGGAGAGUCUGAAGCUGUCCAUCAUAAGGAAUGGAAGUAGAAAUGUGUUCCAUGUAAGGACAGAACGUCCUGUCAGUGAGCAGCAGCAGCAGCCCACACUGGAGAUCUCACAGAGAAAUCUACCCUCUAUUGAAAACGACUGUCUUGACUUUGAGGUCGAUCUCACCGACCUGGAGACAUUUGGAGACACAGCAUCCAAUAAAACCUUAAAGGCGCCAAAGAUUCAAGAUGAGCAGGAUUCAUGUGAUAAAAGUAAUAAAACUGCCACUUCACAAUUAGGUAAAACUAAAGGUUCCAUUAAACUUUCUACAAACACGAGUUGUAGUUUAGAAGCAGAAAAGACCACAUCACUGACUUAUAAUGAUCCCAUAACACAAGAGACAACACAGGCGGUCGGACAUGAGUCUUCUGUGCCCAAAAGUGAACAGUUGAGAGAGGACACUGAAAAUGACAAAGGCAGGCACAACACAGGAGACUCCGAUGAUGAAAAGCUGAUCAUUGAUGACACCCCAUCUCCACACCAAACCCCUACUGCAAAACAUUCAAAGCCUGAGCCCGGAGAGAAGUCCGCAGACCUCCCGUCUACCCCUGUGCCCAAGAGCAACUCUGCAGAUGCAAAUUUAUUAUCACCUUCAAAAGUCACAAAAAGCAGACGUCAACCCAAAAGGGCCAAAAUAUCUGGUGAUCAACUAGGUGAGAUCCUUCGCAUGCAGACAGCUAUGUUUAACUCUGCAAAUGAAGAAGCCAAAACCUCCAACAAAACCCAAGAGUCCAGUUGUACAGGACCCUCAGUUCACUCCCAUGCAACAUCUCUGGUUAAGCCCUGUGUGUCAUCAUAUUUGGAGAGAAGUCACAGUCAGGAUGGAGAAACCAGUGGUUCUAAUAAUAAAUCUGCACCAGUGGUCGACAUCACCUCUAAGGAGCAUAAAAAAAUACUGUCGGAGGACCUGCAGGCUGGGGCAGAAGAUGAACAGGAUUAUGAGGCUCCAAAAGAAGGCAAUUUGCUCUAUAAGCUCUACAGUUUGCAAGAUUUGCUGCUAAUGGUGCGCAGCUCUAUCUCCCUGACCCACACCAGAAAAGUUGGCAGCAGCCAAAACCAGCAUGUGCCAGUACAUGUCUUGCCGAAGCUGGAAUACCAGUUGUGUUACGGUGUUGAAUGUCUAAGCAGCAGUGAGGUAUGUCAGCUGUGGACUGAAACUGUGCUCCACUCCAGCACCUUUUCCUACAUAGCUCACAUCAAUGCGUUCACAUCAAAAGUAGCUCUGCUGAGAAAGCUGCCUGACGACUGGAAACAGAACAUCUCGUGUGGGUUCAAGCCAUCAAAGUCACUGAAUAUACUGCACCACCUACUGAAAAAGCUAACUGGAUUAGAAGAAGGACGUUACCUCAUUGGACACAAGGCCGGGGAACCGUUUGUGACCAUAUUAAAGGCAAUUAAUGGGAAAACGAAACAUGAAGGGUACAACCUACAGAAGGUCCAUAGCUCUGUCCCACAGCCCCAAGCGUCCUGCUCUGUGCCCUGGAUACCUGUCGAUCCAGCUGUGGUCCUGCCCUUCCAUCUGAAGCAUGGUCGGGUCCCGUGCACCUUCCCUACAAAACCCUUCCUAAAGCCAAAGAAAGAUGGAGGUUCACAGUCCAACAAGAAUGGAGCUGGCAGCGUGAAUCCAGGAGGAGGUGUGUCCGCCAAAAAGAAAAAGAAGAGCCGUGCAGCUAAGCGUAAAAAAUAUAUUAAAAAGCUUGUUCAGAAGUCUUUUUAACAUCUAAUCAUUUACAUGUCAUUCAUAUCACUGUUUAGGUUUAUGUCAGGACAGGAUCUGGACCUGUACUUGUACCUGUACUCUUACUACAGAGAGGAAGGGAAACCAUGUAAAAAGUCUGACAUUUCAUAAUGAAAAUGUAUUAUGACUGACUUCUAUUGUUAGUGUGUUAUGCCUGAGCACUUUCCAGUACAGAAUAUGUUUCAUGUUUUUUACUUUCAUAUUUGUACAGUUUGUCUAUUGUACUGUUUUGUAAUAAAUUUAUGCUAAAUAUGUU